GGAGUGUACGCCGUGAAUCGCUGUGAAAUCAUACCAAAUCCGUGAAAAAUGGUAUCUAUCGAAACGAUAAAGGAGCAGUUCGACGAACUGGGCAUCGAGCCGACGGAUGAGGUGGUGGAUCGAUGUAUUGAAAUUUGUCUCAAUAACAAUAUUGACGAUCCCGUUGAGUUCGUUGAGCAAUGGAUGGCAUACAGUGUGUCCAAGCUGAGCGGUGCCGAGCCUACCAUCGCCUACUUGAACGAGAUGGAAGCGCACGAGUACACGAGCAAGGCCCGCAAGAUGGGUAAAGCGUCCAGUAUGGUAGGAGCCGGUGCCAACAGUAUCGCGUCACCGCGCUUGGAAUCGAAAGUGUCCAAACUUACCACCUAUCGUAACGUCGACACGGUGGAACAGGAUGUGUUGCAGAUGUAUGGAUGCAACACCCCCAAGGCAAACAAGUCGGUCUCCCGAUUGCACCAUUCCAAGAAUACACCAGAUUCCGUGCGUGGCAGUCCUUUCGCUACCGUAACAUAUUCGCCAUUAUCUUCGAAGAAAGAAUCCGAACCAUCAUCAACGAUCGGUAGCAACACCAAAAGCAAAUCUGGUCAAAUCGUCUACACAUAUGGAAAGGCGCAUCUGCUGAAGCAUAUCAAUUGGCUGCCCUCGACGGAAACCAGUAUUGAUCAGCAGGAGUCUUCUGCAAAGGAGACAAAUGCCAAGCAUCAUCAUGGAAGGAGGGAUGCAGCGUUAGUUGGGAAUCGUGCACUAAGUGUUGGCUUGCAGGUGUCGCAGUUUGCGAAUGACACCAGCAAGUACAUGUUCGACUCGAGCUACGAUCGUGUGAUGAUACUGAGCGAUCGGAUCUACGAAAACGGUUCAGCCAUUUGCUAUCGAUUAGCACAGGAGCUUGCCGCUGUUUCAAAUGUCACAACAGCAGCCAAUGGCACGAAGGCACCAAAGAAUGGAAAUGAAGGAAAUGGUGAGAUGACAGCAGGAACCGAAGACGAACAGGUGGCGGGCUUAGAGAUGGAUGAUCUUGAUGGAGGACGUAAAAUGGCAGCCGAUUGGUUCGAUGGCAUUAAGGUGCAUCACGUGGACUAUCCGAGCUCAGAGACAAUCCGGGUGCUUGGAAGGGUGAUCAUUGAUACGCAAUCCGAAACUGGCACUUCUGGAGCAGGAGGGAAAGCUGUUAAUCAACUCUCGAUAGUUGACUUCGAUGAGCAAACACUUCGUUACACGCAGCUAGAUCUCAGUCAGCUGCGCGGGCCAUGGUCCCUGUUUCCCGGCCAGACGGUGCUGCUUGAAGGAAUCAAUCCCAGGGGCACCCUUUUCACCGUGCAGCGGGUACACCAUGAGCGGAUACUCGCCCUACCCCGUCCACCGUAUACUUUGGAACGUCCCCUAACGAUGGUGAUCGCAAGUGCACCAUUUACCGGACGUGACGAUCUGCUUUAUGAACGACUGACCGGGCUGCUACAAUACUGCGCCACUGAUCCGCCGGAUGUGCUGUUGCUGUGUGGACCAUUUGCUGAUGCCAGCUGUUCGCUCUAUAGCGAGGUGGCCGAAACGUUUCAGGAGUAUUUCGAGAAGAUCGUCGGUACAAUCAUGGGCGCCGUUGGAUCAACGCGCACGGAAGUGUUCAUCGUUGCUAACCACGACGAGGUGACCGGUUCAUUCGUCUAUCCAACACCCCCGUACCGGGUGGCAAACUUCUACAAAAACCUUCAUUUCCUACCUGACCCGUGUCUGUUCAGUAUCGAGGGACUAGAGAUUGGCGUUACUACGGUGGACACGGUUCGGCAUCUGCUCGACGGCGAGUGUUGCUCGGCCGAUGCGGGUGAUAAGAUCAAGCGCGCUUUUGGACAUAUCUUUCAUCAAGCUUCAUUUUAUCCAUUGAAUCCACCGCCGGAAGAUAUGCCCGUCGACGUCGAUAUGCUGAAUGAGUUUGGGCGCUUAACGCGCGUCCCAAAUGUAAUGGUGUGUCCGAGUUCCUUGAACCGUUUCGUGAGGGAAAUCAAUGGAUGUGUUUGCAUUAAUCCGGGGUUUCUCGAUUGUCACGAGACGGAUGGGUCCGGUUCUUACGCUCGACUUGUAGUCUAUCCUCCUGAACAGACAGCGACGGCGGCACCGGCAGCAGCAACCGAUGCUGACAGCGACCAACAACAAGAGCAAACGAAAACGACGACGACACCUACGGUAGUGCAACCUUCUGCGGCUAGCUAUAUCGCAUGUCAAAUUGUUAAAUCGUAGCAAAUACAGUCGCAAUAAAAACAAACUCAGUCAUUGC